UCACGUGACCAGGUGAUGUCAUCAGAGGUCCUUCUCCCCAGUAGAAUGUAGCAGUAGCAGCAGCGGGCAGCAUGGCGACGAGCGCAGUUCCUCCUGCUGCAGCCUCCCCACCUCUGCAGUCCGGCGGCGCCUGCGGGGACUCGCGCUAAAGCUGCGGACAAGUAAGUGUGCGGGGACAUAAAGCGGCGACAAAAUCGCAGUGUGACGCUGAACGUGGAGGGUCGGGAAUUGGAUAUGUUGCCGGGAUGAUUAUUGCACAGAUUGAGAGCAUGAGAAGUUGACCCUGUCGUAGGCGCUACUUAACAGGAGAAGUUGCUGCAGGAUGAAAAGAUGGCAGCUCCGCUUAUGGCACCACCUGGCCCUGAUAGCUUCAAAGCUUUUACUCGUGAAUCAUUGGCUGCCAUUGAAAAGCGCAUAACCGAGGAGAAGAAUAAAAAGCCACAAAAGCAAGACAGUAGCCACAGAGACGAUGAUGAUGAAAAUAAACCCCGUCCAAACAGUGAUCUGGAAGCGGGGAAAAGCGUGCCAUUUAUUUAUGGCGAUUGUCCUUCACAAUUGGUUGCCGAGCCAAUCGAAGACUUAGACCCUUUUUAUUUAAACACAAAAACCUUUAUAGUACUAAACAGAGGAAAAACAAUCUUCAGAUUUAGUGCCGCGCCUGCCAUGUAUAUUUUAAGUCCUUUUAACCCACUAAGAAAAUUUGCUAUUAAAAUUUUGAUACAUUCAGUAUUUAGCAUGAUCAUUAUGUGCACUAUUUUGACCAACUGCGUAUUCAUGACUUUUAGUAAUCCUCCUGAAUGGUCCAAACAAGUAGAAUAUACAUUCACUGGCAUUUAUACAUUUGAAUCACUUGUGAAAAUUAUUGCAAGAGGUUUUUGCAUAGACGGCUUUACAUUUUUGCGGGACCCAUGGAACUGGCUGGAUUUCAGCGUUAUAUCAAUGGCAUAUGUGACAGAGUUUGUGGACCUUGGGAAUGUCUCAGCGCUGAGAACAUUCAGAGUUCUCCGAGCUUUGAAAACUAUCUCUGUCAUUCCAGGCCUGAAGACCAUUGUGGGUGCCCUAAUUCAGUCUGUGAAGAAGCUGUCCGAUGUAAUGAUUUUGACAGUGUUUUGCCUGAGUGUCUUUGCUUUAAUCGGUCUACAGCUUUUCAUGGGCCAUCUAAGGCGCAAAUGUGUUGCUUGGCCUGUGGACAUGGACCAGAUGUACUUGGCCAAUGGCAGCAAAGGAUUUGAUUUUGAUGAGUACAUCAUGAAUGACACAAACUUUUUUAAAGUCCAUGGAGCAUUGGAUCCCUUACUCUGUGGUAAUGGCUCAGACGCUGGGCAAUGUCCAGAGGGAUAUACAUGUAUGAAAGCAGGGAGGAAUCCAAAUUAUGGCUAUACUAGCUUUGAUACUUUUAGCUGGGCCUUCUUGGCUUUAUUUCGCCUUAUGACUCAGGAUUUUUGGGAAAACUUGUACCAGUUAACAUUGCGUGCUUCUGGAAAAACUUAUUUGAUCUUCUUUAUCUUGGUGAUCUUUGUGGGGUCAUUUUACCUGGUAAAUUUAAUUCUGGCUGUAGUGGCCAUGGCUUAUGAAGAACAAAACCAAGCCACCUUGGAGGAAGCAGAGCAGAAGGAAAUUGAAUUUAAGGCAAUGCUGGAACAGAUGAAAAGGAUGCAAGAAGAAGCUCAGGCUCAAGCAAAUGCUACAUCUGCUGGCACAGUGACUGAGGAUGCUGUGGAAGAUGAAGAUGGUGAGGCUCGGAUGUCUCACACUUCUUCUGAGUUCUCCAAACCAAGCUCAAAGAGUGCUAAGGAAAGGAGAAAUCGCAGAAAGAAGCGGAAACAAAAAGAAAUAUCUGAGGGUGAAGAGAAAGGAGAUAGUGAAAAGGUGUACAAGUCUGAGUCUGAAGAUGGGGUAAAAAGAAGGGGCUUCUGGUACCCUGACAAUAGACUGGGAAGAAGGUUUUCGAUCAUGAACCAGUCUCUUCUGAGCAUACCAGGGUCUCCAUACCUAUCAAGACACAACAGCAAGAGCAGUAUAUUCAGUUUUAGAGGACGUUUCAGGGAUCCAGUCUCUGAAAAUGAAUUUGCCGAUGAUGAACAUAGCACAGUAGAGGAGAGCGAAGGCAGACGUGAUUCCCUUUUCAUCCCAGUCCGGGGGCAUGACAGAAGGAGUAGCUACAAUAGCGGCUACAGUGAGGGCAGUCGAUCAUCUCGCAUCCUCCAGAACCUGCAGAGAAAUCCGAAAAGGAAUAGCACGGUGGAUUGUAACGGCGUGGUCUCUCUGACUGGUGGUCCUGGUGGACGUCUUCUGCCUGAGGUGAAAAUAGAUAAGGCAGCUACUGAUGACAGCCCUACAACUGAAGUAGAAGUAAAAAGGAAGCCUUCAGCAUCUCUUCGUGUAUCCAUGGAACAAUUGACUGCUGCUUUUGGAAGAAAGAGAGCCAAUAGUAUUAUGAGUGUUGUAACUCAUACUUUAGUGGAAGAGCUGGAAGAAUCACAAAGAGCGUGCCCCCCUUGUUGGUACAAAUUUGCAGACACCUAUUUAAUAUGGACUUGCUGUCCUUUGUGGAUUCGUAUUAAAACCAUUGUGAACAUGAUUGUAAUGGAUCCUUUUGUGGACUUGGCCAUCACCAUUUGUAUUAUUCUUAACACAUUAUUUAUGGCUAUGGAGCACUAUCCAAUGACCCCACACUUUGAAAAUGUUUUGAUUGUGGGAAAUCUGGUAUUUACUGGCAUUUUUACAGCAGAAAUGUUCUUGAAGCUGAUUGCAAUGGAUCCAUUUUACUAUUUUCAGGAGGGCUGGAACAUAUUUGAUAGCUUUAUUGUUUCCCUCAGUUUAAUGGAAUUGGGACUUCAAGAUGUUGAGGGGCUUUCUGUACUUCGCUCCUUCCGCUUGCUGAGAGUCUUCAAACUAGCUAAAUCAUGGCCGACAUUAAACAUGCUGAUAAAAAUCAUUGGGAAUUCUGUUGGUGCUUUGGGGAACUUGACCUUAGUGCUUGCCAUUAUUGUCUUCAUUUUUGCUGUGGUGGGCAUGCAGCUAUUUGGAAAAAGCUAUAAGGACUGUGUCUGCAAAAUAAAUCCAGAGUGUGUAUUGCCACGGUGGCACAUGAAUGAUUUUUUUCACUCCUUUCUUAUCGUUUUCCGGGUAUUAUGUGGAGAGUGGAUUGAAACCAUGUGGGACUGUAUGGAGGUUGCUGGACAAGGCAUGUGUAUUAUUGUCUUCAUGAUGGUGAUGGUCAUUGGUAACCUGGUGGUGCUGAACCUUUUCCUGGCUUUACUGCUGAGCUCAUUUAGCGCAGACAACCUGGCAGCCACAGAUGAUGAUGGAGAAAUGAACAACCUGCAGAUAUCUGCCAUUCGAAUCAAAAAAGGGAUUGCUUGGUUUAAGGCCAAAGCCCAUGAUUUUAUGCAAAAGCAUUUUAAAAAGACCGAUGCUAAUGAGGUUAAACCUCUGGAUGAAAUGUAUGAGAAGAAGAUGAACUGUUUGGCAAAGCACGCAGGUGCCGAUAUCCACAGAGAUAUGGAUUACCCAAAGAAUGGGAAUGGAACUACAAGUGGUAUUGGAAGUAGCGUAGAAAAAUAUAUUAUAGAUGAGGAUCACAUGUCUUUCAUAAAUAACCCUAACCUCACCGUCAAAGUGCCCAUUGCGGUUGGAGAAUCAGAUUUUGAAAAUCUUAACACGGAGGAUUUAAGCAAUGCGUCUGAUGAAGAAGGCAACACAGAUAAACUAGAUGACACCAGUUCUUCAGAAGGAAGUACAAUUGAUAUAAAGCCAGAAGCUGAGGAGGUUCCUGUAGAAUUGCCAGAAGAGUAUUUAGAUCCGGAUAACUGCUUUACUGAAGGCUGUGUGGCGCGUUUUAAGAUUUUGCAAGUUAGCGUAGAAGAUGGAUUGGGUAAAAAGUGGUGGACACUGAGGAAAACCUGUUUCCUUAUCGUGGAGCACAACUGGUUUGAAACCUUCAUAAUUUUUAUGAUAUUGUUAAGCAGUGGAGCAUUGGCCUUUGAGGAUGUUUACAUAGAACAGCGGAAAACCAUUCGAACGGUUCUCGACUAUGCAGAUAAAAUUUUCACUUACAUUUUCAUAUUGGAAAUGUUACUGAAAUGGUUGGCGUACGGAUUUGUGAAGUUCUUCACCAAUGCCUGGUGUUGGCUAGACUUCCUCAUUGUUGAUGUCUCUUUAGUAAGCCUUGUAGCUAAUGCCCUGGGCUACUCGGAACUAGGUGCCAUUAAGUCCCUUAAGACCUUAAGAGCAUUGAGACCCCUAAGAGCCUUGUCACGAUUUGAAGGGAUGAGGGUGGUAGUUAAUGCCUUGGUUGGUGCCAUCCCUUCCAUUAUGAAUGUCUUGCUGGUCUGCCUUAUAUUUUGGCUGAUUUUUAGUAUCAUGGGUGUGAACCUGUUUGCGGGCAAGUACUACUACUGCUAUAAUGAAACAGAAGAAGCCAUGUUUGAAAUUGAAGAUGUGGAAAAUGAAACAACAUGUUUUGACCUUAUUGCAAAUAAUUUUACCGAAGUUAGAUGGAAAAAUGUAAAGAUCAACUUUGACAAUGUUGGAGCUGGAUAUCUUGCAUUGCUUCAAAUAGCUACCUUUAAAGGCUGGAUGGACAUAAUGUAUGCAGCAGUAGAUUCCAGGAAGGUUCACCAGCAACCAAAAUAUGAGGACAACAUUUAUAUGUACAUUUAUUUUGUAAUCUUCAUAAUUUUUGGCUCAUUCUUCACUCUAAAUCUAUUUAUUGGUGUUAUUAUUGACAACUUCAAUCAACAAAAGAAAAAGUUUGGAGGUCAAGACAUCUUCAUGACAGAAGAACAAAAAAAGUAUUAUAAUGCUAUGAAGAAAUUGGGAUCUAAGAAACCACAAAAACCUAUACCCAGGCCGCUAAAUAGAUUCCAAGGAGCCAUUUUUGAUUUCAUCACGCAACAAGCAUUUGAUAUCGUGAUUAUGAUUCUGAUUUGUCUUAACAUGGUGACUAUGAUGGUAGAAACAGAUGACCAGACUGAAUACGCAGAAAAUGUUCUCUACUGGAUCAAUGUGGUUUUCAUUAUAUUUUUUACCACCGAGUGUGUGCUAAAGCUGUGUGCCCUGCGACAUUAUUACUUUACCAUCGGAUGGAAUAUUUUUGACUUUGUUGUUGUAAUCCUUUCAGUUGUUGGAAUGUUCCUGGCUGAUUUGAUCACAAAAUACUUUGUAUCACCCACUCUGUUCAGAGUCAUUCGUCUGGCUCGUAUUGGCCGCAUUCUUCGCUUAAUCAAGGGAGCCAAAGGGAUACGGACCCUGUUAUUUGCCUUAAUGAUGUCAUUGCCGGCUUUGUUCAACAUCGGCCUUCUUCUGUUUUUAGUGAUGUUUAUAUUUUCAAUAUUUGGAAUGUCCAACUUUGCUUAUGUGAAGAAGGAAGCAGGGAUAGAUGACAUGUUCAACUUUGAAACCUUUGGCAAUAGUAUGAUCUGCUUAUUUCAGGUCACCACAUCUGCUGGCUGGGAUGGCUUGUUGCUGCCUAUCCUAAAUCGCCCUCCAGAUUGUGAUGCCCACAAAGAAAAUCCAGGUACUCAAGUAAAAGGUGACUGUGGAAAUCCUUCUGUUGGAAUCUUUUUCUUUGUCAGCUACAUUAUUAUCUCUUUCCUGAUUGUGAUAAACAUGUACAUUGCUAUAAUUCUGGAAAAUUUCAGCGUGGCAACUGAAGAGAGUGCUGAUCCUUUAAGUGAGGAUGACUUUGAAACCUUUUAUGAAAUUUGGGAGAAAUUUGAUGCUGAUGCAACACAGUUUAUCCAGUUUAGCAAACUGCCUGAUUUCGCAGAUGCCUUGGAGCAUCCUCUGCGAGUCCCCAAGCCAAACACCAUUGAACUAAUUGCAAUGGAUUUGCCGAUGGUGAGUGGUGACAGAAUUCAUUGUCUGGAUAUUCUCUUUGCCUUUACCAAACGGGUACUUGGAGAGAGCGGAGAGCUGGAUAUAUUGCGCCAGCAGAUGGAAGAGAGAUUUGUGGCUUCCAAUCCUUCAAAAGUGUCUUAUGAGCCCAUUACCACCACACUCAGGCGAAAGCAAGAGGAUGUAUCUGCGGUUGUGAUCCAGUUAGCUUACAGGCGCCAUUUAGUAAAACGAGGAUUUAUUUCUAGAAAGCGGUCAACUGGCAGAAUGGAGAAUGGUGGAACCAACAUGGAUAAAAAAGAGGGAACACCAUCUACUGCGUCACUUCCAUCAUAUGACAGUGUAACUAAACCUGACAAAGUGAAACAAGAAAGAAUAGAAGUUGCAAUUAGAGAGAGAGCUAAAAAACAAAAAUCUGUCAGGGAAUGAAAGUGUAUCAUGUAAACAUUUCAUAUUUGCAAGCAAAAGAUUGUUUACAAAUUUAAUAAAUUUAUCAAUGCAGAUCGGCUAUUUAGACACUUACCUAAAGAUCAAUACCAAACAGUCUGCUUAUUGUGACUUUGUUGCAUCAACAGCAGUGGCACACCUGUUUAAAAGACUGUAACAAGAGCCUUCAAUAAGGAUUUUAUAUUUUUGGACAGGUGAAUACUGCAUGUUCCACAUCAGUCAAUGCAACUUAGGGGAUACCAGAGCCACAGGGAUCAGUAUAGUCCCAGAGAGGCCAAAUGGAGUUUAUUUUCUCAUAUUAUUGUGAAAAUGAAAAAAAGCACCACUUAGGGGGUUUGUUCAUGCAAAACUGUAUUUGCAAUUGUUACAUUAGUUAAGCAGCAUAAUAAAAAAAAAAUGAAACAAAAAUCUGGCAAAAAAAAAUCAAAAAACAUUAAGCCCAUGCCAUAUAAUUGUCACAGUUUAUUUGAUAUAUCUGCAUAUUUUUUCUACAUGGGCUUCAUGUGGUACGGGAGAUAGGAAAUCAGGUUAAACUUUGGCUGAGGGGCAUUUUGCUCAGGCCGAUUCCAAAUAAAUAAAUUUUGUGCUCGUUCAAUGCAUAGAAAUGACUUGCAUGAUGGCAUGCUGUGAUCAGGAAUCAUGCAUGAAGACUCAUAAAACACAGGACACCAGUACUCUGUCCACUGCAGUGGGAAGGCUGUAAGUCUGAGGCACUCCACUGAAUACUGAACACUGUAUUUGGAGGUAAUUUAAUAUAUACCCGUCACCAAUAUUUACCAAAGCCUUUUACACGUCAUGAUUAGUAAUUAAAGCAAACAGAAAGAUUUGUGUAUGUUUAUUAAAAGGUUCUUUAAAUACCAUCACCGCUGCACACAAUACCAACAAAUGAGAUAACUAGUUGCUGCUCAAGAAUUUUUUUUGUUGUUGUAUGGGAUACUAAAAAUAAGACUAGCUUCUACUACUAUGUCACUGUAAACCAAAACUUAGGGCUUAUUGAAUUCUGCUUUUGUAUUUGCAAUCUUAUUAGUCUCCAUUGCACAGAGGGCAGAAGAACCACGCUAUUCGGAAAAAGACUUUUUUUUUUUCUGUGGUGGAUAUUGGGAAAUGCCAUUAUGUUUUGUUGCAAAUGUUUAUGCAAAUCACUGUUCUUUGUAUAAACAAUGUUUGGAUAAUGGAAAAUAAUAAUUGGAAAUAUGCUCAUUCGGUCCCCUACCGGGGUAAUUUGUAUCUUGGCACUUUAAUACUGCAUGUUUUCUCUUUUCUAGCCAUAAAAAAAACUGUUAUUUUCACAGAUUCACUAUAAAAAGGACAACAUGGUGCAAAGCAAAAAUAUCUGUGUACUUCACCUAAUCAUCUAUAACCAUGUUGCCUGAUGCCAGUUGUUCUAUAGUGGCAGGGAUGACGAAAGAGGAAGGGUGGGGGGCUCUGGAAAUGCUGGGGACCUCAUAUGAAUGUGGGGAAUACAUAAAUCAGGGAUGUGCAACCUGCAGUUCUCCAGCAGUGUUUGAACAACCGUAGAUUGGACCUCCCUUAUUUAUAUAAUACACAUUAGUAACAUUAGUUAUACAAUAUAAUAUAUCCUUUCUACUUUUACCAACCCACCCCAGGGCUAAUGCCCUCUCUGCCCUAUCCUAAAACCAGCCCUCGUAUUAGACAUUAUCUGUCAUGGGAUAUGUAUUCCUUUACAUGUGGUUAUUUACAUUUUUAAACAAACAGCAUUACAAUCCCUGUAUCUUGCAUCGUUAUAAUGUUUUGGAUGAAACAUAUUUGUAAUAAUUUAGCCUGUAGCUUUUGAGAACCCUGGAAAUUCAGAAAGCUUUAAACUACUGUCCAAUCUUUUGCAACCGUCUUCUACAUCUGGAAGCAUGCUCAUUUCAAAAGGUCUGAUGAGAACACCUUGUUGGUGCUGCGGAAAUUUUAUGCAAAAAAAACAAAAAAACAAAAAAGCAUGCCUUCUUCUGUGUUCCAAGUGAUGAAAUGUUUGCAAAUGCUAAAGGGAUAUAUGGUGUAAGAGGAUUCAACAUGCUGAGUGUGUGGACCAAACCAUGGUUUCGUAUUAAAUCAAUACAAUUUGCAUUAAGAGGCAUUUUACUGUACAUUGUCAUUAGCAGACCUUCAGGUCCAAGUUUUUCAGUUUUACUGUACAUCCCUUAGAACCAUAUCGCUGUGCCAAGUGAGACUCCUUAGCUCGAUUACUAGACUAUUGCAGUGGCAUCAGUGAAGCUGAGAAAAUUGGAAAAUGAUUCGCGGCCGUUGAACGAUUUCUAACUCGAUAGAAUAGUUUUUUUUUUUCAUUUGCUGCUACGACAGAAUGUAUUAUAUUAACUUCCAUAUGUAUGUACAGGCUAUGUUGUAAACAGCACAAAAAAAAAAGCUGAAAAAGUGUGGUUCUACUUUUUAAGAGGAUAUUAUAAAUGCUGUAAUAUACCAUUUUAUUUUAUUGACUUUUUUUUUUUUGUAAAUACAAAGAAAACGAACACAAAUUAAAUAGAAUGGCUUCUGACAUAUGCCAUCGUCCUCUUUAUCUUUUAUUUUUUAAGAAUUUAGAAGAAAUGUAUAUCCUUGGAGAUAAACUCCAACCAUAUUACGAUGGUCUAUUGUUCCAAUGUGCAAUAAAUUCUGACCACUUCUAUGCAAAAAUUUGGCUGACCUUCAUCUACAUGGGGAACAAAUUGUUAAUUCAUAAUCACUGUUAGGUACAAUUUAUUUCUGAGGCUGGUGAUAUCACAAUGCUACUUUUUGCAGCAUUUCCGAACCAAUUUCAUUUUCCAGUUUUGUUUUUUGUUUUUUCUACUGUACAAGGAUUUAUCUCAAAUUGAAUAAUCUCAAAUUUUGUUUUUCUUUUUUUUUUUAACAUUCAGCCACAUAAUAGCGUGAUUCCUUUUGAAGUAUAGGUAGCAGAGUGACCUCAUCACCAGCAGUACAAUGGCAGGUAACAGGUACUGAGAAAUCAAUGUCUACGUGUUUUUGUAUUACCUUCAUUUGGGCAAGGGAAGGGAUGAUGGAAAAAAUCAAGCUUCACUAAAUAAAAAGUACCAAUGCAUUUUGUAGUCUUUGAUGCAAUGUUUAUACAAAGUCCACUAGUUGCGGAUCCGAAAAGCUUCUUCUCAAGAGUUUUUUGGUCGAUUGAUUGUUUGUGUUACUCCCAAAGGAGCCAAUCAGUGAAUGGAAUGAUGAGGUUGUGCACAAGAUUGGAAGUUGUUUUGCUUUUUCAAUCAUGUAUGGGAGAGAUUUAUCUUUUACUAAUGGAAAGAAACGAUAAUGUAUUACGUUUUUCUUUCAUUGUUUUUCAUUCUUCCUCUCAUAUCUAUCUUUUCUUUCCCACACUUUCUCAUUGGCAACUAUUCUGUUUCCAAAUCCUUUUCUUAAUUUUCCUCUUUGUAUUUUACUUUGGUGACAUCUCUUCCUCUUUGUUUAUCAUGCAUUUUUUAUAUUUUAGCCAUUUUCAAAUUUUGUGUCUGUGUUAAAUCAUGUAACAGAACUCUAGUAAUAAAUAAUGUGUUAAAAUAAUGCAUGGUGAUUCAUGCUGAUCGUACCCAAACUGGAAAAAUAACUGACAUUACUACUAUUAGGCCAAAAUUAAAAAUAAAAGUUAGCCUUUUUACUGUACAAGAAAA